AGAAGGAAUAAUACAGACAUCACCAGAAGGUAAGAAUGACUAGAUUUUCUCAUAACAACGACACUUGAGGAGAUAGAGGUUUAUUUGCUAGUUUGAUACAUUUUUCUGUCUAGAGGCAAAAAGAAUCCAUAGGUCUGCGUAGCUGUUUCCCUAUGCCCAAGCCAACUCAGCUUCGUCUCGCUGCCAGCAGCGUCCACUACCCCGCACCUGCAAGCAUCUCCCACCCACAACCAGGCACAUAUUCCCGUCUUUAUUCGGGCAAUCGUCUGCUUCCAUUGUCUUCUCGCUCGCAAAUACCCUCGACCCGUCUCUUGAAGACUUCUUCAACUGUUCCUAAUACUUCGCCAUAUCCAACCGCCAAAAUGUCGACUAUGCCAGCGAGCCACGGCCACAAUGAGGCCUGCUGCAACAUCCCGCCAGUCGUCUCCACGGGAUACGCGGCAAAGGGCUCCUAUGAUGAAGUUGAUGGCAUGAAGACUUAUGUGACCGGCCCUGCCGACGCCACCAAGGGAAUCGUUAUGAUCUACGACAUCUUUGGCUACUUUGACCAGACGGUUCAGGGCGCCGACAUCCUGGCCACCAGCCACGAGCAAAAGUACAAGGUCUUCAUCCCUGACUGGUUCAAGGGUGAGCCCUGCCCCAUCGAGUGGUACCCGCCCAACACCCCCGAGAAGCAAAAGAACCUCGGCGCCUUCUUCGGCAAGAACCCGCCUCCGGGCGUGGCCGGCAAGCUCCCCGAGUUUGUCAAGGCCCUGAGCGCAAAGAACCCCUCAAUCAAGUCAUGGGGUAUUAUUGGUUUCUGCUGGGGCGGCAAAGUAGUAAGCCUGGUCACGUCGGGCGACGCCAACCCCUUCUCGAUUGCCGCCGAGUGCCACCCGGCCAUGGUGGACCCCAAGGACGCCGAGGGCAUCAAGGUGCCGCUGAUUAUGCUGGCGUCCAAGGAGGAGCCCGACGACAAGGUCAAGCAGUUUGAGGCCAACCUCAAGGUGCCGGCCAAGCACGUCGAGACCUUCAAGGACCAGAUCCACGGCUGGAUGGCGGCGCGCUCCGACCUGUCCAACGACCGCGUCAAGGAGGAGUACACGCGCGGCUACAAGACGGUGCUCGACUUCUUCGCCAAGAACUGGCCGUGAGUGACCAAGGUUUGGAUGUCUAAAUGCCAGAUUGAAACGAGAGGCUAAGAUGUCGGGUGACAAGGAUUGGUUCUCAGUCAGGGUCUGCUCGGUUGUAGAUAAACUGUACAUGUAAAACAUAAUCAUCUAAACUAGGAAAAUCAAGACAGAGUAAUUUGUAAGAUCAUCAAUGUCAAAUGCGUAC